CUUUAUUUAACACAUUCAAGAUUUGAUUGUUUUUAUUGUUUUGUAACACAUGUAUCAACUUCUCUUCUGUGGUACCAACAACAUGAGAAACCCACUGGACCUCAACAAUCUACCUGAUGAUAAGUUCAUUAGGGACCAUAGCAAACAACCACUUAAUGAUUCCUCUUCUGCUGCAUCUGGGAUCUACCGAUCAGACAUGAAAAACAGCUCAAAAGAUCAUGAAAGAGGGAAGGUUUACGAGUGUCGGUUUUGCUCCCUCAAGUUCCGGAAGUCUCAAGCUCUUGGCGGACACAUGAACCGCCAUCGCCAAGAGAGGGAGGCAGAAUCACUAAACCAAGCUCGUCAACUGGUCUUUGGGACUGAUAACAUGCUAACCCCUCCCCCUCACCAACUAUGUGGGCAACCAGUGAUGCAUGGAGGCUAUAAUUAUGCAGCAACAGGCUUUAACAUGGGUGGUACUGUUUAUCCUACAAGAUUUUUUUCCGGCAGUUCCACCACCAUCUUACCUCCUCCUAUGCCACCAACAUUGCCACCACCACCACCACCACAUCAACAUAUGCACACUUCUCUGGCAUCUCACCUCGGCAAUGCAGAGUUGCCUCGAUAUUCUAACUCGCAGUUGAUAAACGACUACUUUGUAGACCGAUAUGUCUCUAGCAAUCCACAAGUCAGCUUUCACUCUUCCCGGAUUUGACCUUCGCCGCUGUAUUAACACCUUAUAAUUCUUAACUUGAUGGUGGUAUUGGUUGCAGAGAAGCCCUAUAUAUAUUAUUUCUUGUGGAUUUACUGAUUUAGUCAAGUUGAUGUAUCUUGUUACGUUU